AUGACGACGCUGACGCACCGGGGCCGGCGCGCAGAGGCGGGGAGGGACUCCGGGCAGAAGCCUGAGGGUGAGGGAGAUGUGGCUGUGGACAGAGACCUGAACGAUGGUGACCCUGAUGACUCCAAAGAUAUCCACCUAACACUCAUGGAGGAGGUGCUGCUCCUAGGGCUGAAGGAGAAGGAGGGCUACACCUCCUUCUGGAAUGACUGCAUCUCCUCGGGCCUGCGGGGCGGCAUCCUCAUCGAGCUGGCUCUGCGCGGCCGCAUCCGCCUGGAGCCACUCUCUGUCAGGAAGAAGAGGCUGCUGGAGAGAAAGGUGCUCCUGAGCUCAGAUGCACCGACUGGUGACGUCUUGCUGGAUGAGACCCUCCGACACAUCAAAGCCACAGAACCUGCAGAAACGGUGCAAACCUGGAUAGAGCUGCUCACUGGGGAGACCUGGAACCCCUUCAAGCUGCAGUACCAGCUAAGGAAUGUGCGUGAGCGCAUUGCCAAGGCACUGGUGGAGAAGGGCAUCCUCACCACGGAGAAACAGAACUUCCUGCUCUUCGACAUGACCACCCACCCUGUCAGCGACAUCACUGAGAAGCAGCGCUUGGUCAAGAAGCUCCAGGAGAGCCUGCUGGAGCGAUGGGUGAAUGACCCACACCGCAUGGACCGCAGGACUCUAGCUCUCCUGGUGCUGGCCCACUCUUCUGAUGUGCUGGAGAACGUUUUCGCCAGCCUGGCUGAUGACAAGUACAGUGUGGCAAUGAACAGGACCAAGGACCUCCUUGAUAUGGACCCCGAGGUGGAAGCUGCCAAAGCCAGGGGUGCAGAGAUGAUCUGGGCUGUCCUGGCAGCCUUCAACAAGUCCUAG